GUGUGUAUUGCUUGAUAUACAUUUUCAGACGCGUGUGUAUUGCUUGAUAUACAUUUUCAGACGCGUGUGUAUUGCUUGAUAUACAUUUUCAGACGCGUGUGUAUUGCUUGAUAUACAUUUUCAGACGCGUGUGUAUUGCUUGAUAUACAUUUUCAGGCGCGUGUGUAUUGCUUGAUAUACAUUUUCAGACGCGUGUGUAUUGCUUGAUAUACAUUUUCAGACGCGUGUGUAUUGCUUGAUAUACAUUUUCAGACGCGUGUGUAUUGCUUGAUAUACAUUUUCAGACGCGUGUGUAUUGCUUGAUAUACAUUUUCAGACGCGUGUGUAUUGCUUGGUGCGUGUCUAGCAGGCGCAGGUGUUGCCGCUGGUGACUCUUUGCCCGGCCGUUGCUGGUGUUCAGUAGUUUGAGCACACAUUCCCGCCCUCUUUCUUGGCAGGUGUAUUAAACUCCACACGCUUUGUACAGCAAAUAAUAUAUUUGUUUAGGAUAGCAGACAACAAACAAAAAACAGACCCACAUUUUUCUUGGACCAGUUUAUCCAGUACGAGCAGCUGAAAACCAGCUGCACCCACCCAGCACCAGUCACUGCUGGAUGUUCUUCAGGGUUUGUGUGUCCCUGGAAAUCCGAGACUCCAGGAGUCUGUGUGUCCCUGGAAAUCCGAGACUCCAGGAGUCUGUGUGUCCCUGAAAAUCCGAGACUCCAGGAGUCUGUGUGUCCCUGGAAAUCCGAGACUCCAGGAGUCUGUGUGUCCCUGGAAAUCCGAGACUCCAGGAGUCUGUGUGUCCCUGAAAAUCCGAGACUCCAGGAGUCUGUGUGUCCCUGGAAAUCUGAGACUCCAGGAGUCUGUGUGUCCCUGAAAAUCCGAGACUCCAGGAGUCUGUGUGUCCCUGGAAAUCCGAGACUCCAGCAGUCUGUGUGUCCCUGGAAAUCCGAGACUCCAGGAGUCUGUGUGUCCCUGGAAAUCCGAGACUCCAGCAGUCUGUGUGUCCCUGGAAAUCCGAGACUCCAGGAGUCUGUGUGUCCCUGGAAAUCCCAGACUUCUGUCUCAAAACUGCAGCCCUGAGUUUAAGAGACUUCAUGCUGGUCGAAGAGCGGCUGGGUCAAGAAAAAAAGAAGAAAAAACAGAACUGUAUUUGCGGUACCUGUACUCAAAACCGCGACCCCUAUUAAUGUAACUCCUGUAUCCCAGUACCCAGUAAGAAGCCAUUCAACUGGUUCCAGUUCCCAGCACUGGCAGCAGAUGCUGGAAUGCUGAGCAGCUCAGUUUGUUAAUUAUGUAAAAUAUUCAAACAAGUAACUCUCCUGCUGCAGCCUUGUUUGAGUUUCUUAUUAUUACCAGCACAGACUGCCAUUUAGAAACCCCACAGAAACACUGCUGCCAGGAGCUCCACACCUCCACACCAUCAGAGCUCAGGAGGUGCUGUGAAUCUAGUUUCGCCGGGACUGUGUUUCUGCUGCAGUGAUGAAUGUGAUUGCUGUGGUGAUAUCCUUCCUGGCGUGUGAUAUCGCAGCCAGCUCCCUGCUGCACUGCGGGCUUCUCCUGCUGCCCCUCACACUGGACCCCUUCGGGGCCGAGUCGCUGCUCUGCCUCUGGCUGGUGGCUCUGGUUAAACUGGCCCUGCUCAGUCAGACCUCCCUGAGUCUCCUCUCUCAAGCUGGGAGAGGCAGUGCUGUGAGGGGCCGGGCCCCCCUGCUCUAUGCGGCCGCGCUGUGCGCUCUCACUCCGGCUCUCCAGAGCUGGCAGCGGGUGGUGUAUGUGAAGCCCGUGGAGAUCGUCACCGGAUCUCCGUGCCUCGGCUUCUGCCUGCUGGCCAGUGCAGUGACGGCGACGGCCUGCCUGUUCUGGGAGACCGCGCUCCCCUGCAGUGCCGGGACCGAGGCAGGGGACUCCAGUGGGGAGGAGAAGAAGCAGCAAGCCAGGGUCUUGUUCAUGAGGGUGAUUGGAUACUCCAAACCAGACAUCGUCCUGCUGGGAGGAGCCUUCCUGUUCCUGUCGCUGGCAGUGAUAUUUGAGAUGUUCAUUCCCUUCUACACGGGGAAGGUGAUUGACAUCCUGGGCUCCAGGUACAAGCAGAACGCCUUCAGCAGCGCCAUCCUCUUCAUGGGGCUCUUUUCACUGGGGAGCUCUCUCUCUGCGGGGCUGCGCGGGGGUCUCUUCAUGUGCUCCCUGUCCAGACUCAACAAGCGCGUGCGGGUCCUGCUCUUCAGAACGCUGGUGAAGCAGGAGAUCGGCUUCUUCGAGACAACCAAGACAGGUGACAUCACGUCCCGGCUGUCCACAGACACCACGCUGAUGAGCCAGUCCGUGGCCAUGAACAUGAACGUGUUCCUGCGCAGCCUGAUGAAGACGCUGGCCGUGCUGUCCCUCAUGGUCAGCCUGUCCUGGAGGCUCACCCUGGUCACCGUCAUAGAGACCCUGCUGAUCAGCAUCCUCCAGAACAUCUACAACUCCUACUACCAGCGUUUAGCAAAAGAGGUCCAGGAUUCGAUCGCGCGGUCCAAUGAGGCGGCGGGGGAGGCGGUCUCUGCUAUUAAAACAGUGCGGAGCUUCGCUACAGAGGACACUGAAGCCAAGAGAUACGACAGCAAGCUGUCAGACACACAGAGACUCAAGAACAGCAGGGACACCAUCAGAGCUGCCCACCUGCUGUUGAGAAGGCUCAUCACUCUGGCAGUGCAGGUGGUCAUGCUGUACUACGGGCGCUGUCUCAUUAAAGCGGGUGAGAUGAGCACAGGCAGCCUGGUGGCCUUCAUCCUGUACCAGAGGGAGCUGGGCUCUCACAUCCGGGCUCUGGUGUACAUCUGCUCUAACAUGCUGAACUCGGUGGGGGCGGCUGCCAAGGUGUUUGAAUAUCUGGAUCGCAGGCCGCUGGUCUCCACUGAUGGCUCCCUGCAGCCCGAGACCCUGAGAGGACACGUGCAGUUCAAAAACGUCAGCUUCACCUACCCCAGCAGACCCGACGUGCCCGUGAUCAAGAGCGUCUCGUUUGAGCUGCGCCCCGGUGAGAUCACGGCUCUGGUGGGCCCCUCUGGCGGGGGGAAGUCGACGUGUGUGUGUCUGCUGGAGCGCUUCUACCAGCCCCAGAGUGGAGAGAUCCUGCUGGACGGGGCUCCCCUUCAAGACUACCAGCACUCGUACCUGCACAGGAAGAUCGCCCUGGUGGGUCAGGAGCCGGUCCUCUUCGUCGGCUCCAUCAAAGACAACAUCGGCUACGGGCUCCCAGAAUGCUCUCUGGAGCGAGCCCAGGAGGCAGCGCGGAGAGCCAAUGCACACGGCUUCGUGACGAGCCUGGAGCGCGGCUACAACACCGACGCGGGUGAGAGGGGGGGGCAGCUGGCUGGAGGACAGAAGCAGCGCAUCGCGAUCGCCAGAGCUCUCGUCAGGAACCCACAGCUCCUCAUCCUGGACGAGGCCACCAGCUGCCUGGACAUCGAGAGCGAGCACGCGAUCCAGGAGUCUCUGUCUCGCACCCGGGGUCAGACGGUGCUGGUGAUCGCUCAUCGCUUGAAGACGGUGGAGAAGGCUGAUCACAUCAUCGUGAUUGAGGGCGGUGAGGUGCGGGAGCAGGGCACUCACCACGAGCUGAUGAGGAGGGAGGGCAACUAUCACAGGCUGGUGCAGGGGCUCUUCACAGAGACACAGCCCCCGCAAUAGAGGGGCACACACACAGAGUGGAGAGAGCUGGGGGGGUUACACACACACAGAGUGGAGAGAGCUGGGGGGGUUACACACACACAGAGUGGAGAGAGCUGGGGGGGUUACACACACACAGAGUGG